CCGUAAUUAAUAUUAAUCAGUUCGCAUGAAGAAAUAGUUCGCAUGAAGAAAUAGAAAUAGGUUGUCCUUAGCAAAUUCUUAAUCGAUUUAAACAAGAAAUUAUAUAUAUAUUUUUUUAUAAAACAGUUCUUAGUCUUCAACUCAAUAAAGUCUAUUAUACUUUAAAAAAUUCAUGUAUUAUAUAAAAAAGGAGUAAUUAAAAGUUUUAUAAUGCUGUUGAGGCCUUAUUGCUGUAGUCAUUAUAAAUCGGGUAUUAUUAUUGGAGUCAUAUAUAUUACGAUCAAUGUAAUAAUAUUGAUUUAUAAUGUUUAUCUAUUGAUCAAUGGAAAUGAAGAUUUAAAGCAUAGAAGAAGAUUUAUAUUGGCAACUAUCGAAACAGGUCUAUGUUUGAUUUCGGCCUUAAUAUCGGGUCUCUAUAUAGUGGCCAUAAAAAAGAAAUAUCACACCUUUAUGCUUCCCGGUCUGCUACCCUACAUUUUCGAUUUCUACUACAGCAGUAAAUUGUUAUUUAUGUCAUGCUUAAAAGCCGAACGAUAUAAUGCUUCCGAUGUUAAUAUAUCCACGACAAUAUUAUACAUUAUAUGUUUGUGGGUAAUUGGUAUACAAAUGGCUGUAUUUUGGACCAGUUACAUAUUAUAUAGUCAAAUACGUCAUCAUAAUGUGGAAAAAUUUGCAGCGCAUAAACUUCCAAUGCCAAAGUAGUUUUGACGAUUUAGGAAUAUUUGUAAAGGCAUAGCUCGCAACUGAACUUAUGUUAAUUUAGCUAUAAAUUUUGAUCUCUUGAUAACAAUGUUUUUCACUUAAAUAAUACAAUUUUGAAUUCACAACAAUUAUGAAUAA